GAUUUGUAAUCGAUAACAUAAAUAGCUGAUCAAUUCAAUCAGCUGAUGGGGUCCCCUUUCGAUUAAAUAUUAUCAAUUAAAUUGCUAUGUUUAGAGGCAAAACACUCUGCCAAAACUGGAUUAGAAGCGCUUUGUCAUUUACAGCGCCUCAAACACAAUUACAACGUAGUUGGCCAAUAAACGAUAGCAAAACAACGACAACAACAGCACAGACGCAGCAUCAGCAAAAGCAGCACCUGUUUCGUGGCAUGGCAACGGGUGGCGAAACAAAGGCGCAGCCGCCAAAGCACGUCAACAGAUUAGCAACUUCCAAGUCGCCAUAUUUGCUACAGCAUGCGCAUAAUCCCGUCGACUGGUAUCCCUGGUGUGAGGAAGCCUUUGAGCGUGCGCGCAGCGAGAACAAGUUGAUAUUCUUGUCUGUGGGCUAUUCCACGUGCCAUUGGUGUCAUGUCAUGGAGCAUGAGUCGUUCGAGGAUGCCGCCACGGCUGAGGUGAUGAACAAACAUUUUGUGAACAUCAAGGUGGAUCGUGAGGAGCGACCCGACAUAGACAAGGUCUACAUGCAGUUCCUGCUCAUGUCCAAGGGCAGUGGCGGCUGGCCGAUGAGCGUAUGGCUAACGCCAGAUCUGGCACCACUGGCUGCUGGAACGUAUUUUCCGCCAAAGCCGCGCUAUGGCAUGCCCUCGUUCAUCAUGGUACUGGAGUCGAUAGCCAAGAAGUGGCUAGCAGAUCGCGAGUCGCUUAAGAAAGCGGGUAACACCCUGCUGCAGGCCAUGCAAACCAACCAGAAUACAGGAACUAAUACGGAAGCAGCCUUCGAGCGGGGCAGCGGCGAAGCCAAGCUAGCGGAAGCGUUGGCAGUGCACAAGCAGCGGUAUGAUCAGCAAUGUGCGGGCUUUGGCCGGGAGCCCAAGUUUCCGGAAGUGCCACGACUCAAUUUCCUCUUCCAUGCUUAUUUGGUCAGCAAGGAUGUGGAUGUGCUUGACAUGGUGCUGCAGACGCUGGAUCACAUUGGACGUGGCGGCAUUAAUGAUCACAUUUUUGGCGGCUUUGCACGCUAUGCGACAACGCGAGAUUGGCACAAUGUUCACUUCGAGAAGAUGCUGUAUGACCAGGGUCAACUGAUGUCUGCGUAUGCCAAUGCUUAUAAGUUGACCCGAAGCAAAGAGUUUCUCGGCUAUGCAGAUCACAUCUAUGAGUAUUUGAUCAAGGAUUUGCGUCAUCCAGCGGGCGGUUUUUAUGCGGGCGAGGAUGCCGAUUCCUUGCCUUCCCAUGAGGAUACUGUCAAGGUUGAGGGUGCCUUCUAUGCCUGGACUUGGGAUGAAGUGAAACAGGCAUUUGAAAAGGAAGAAUCCUGCUUUAAGGAUGUCAGUGCGGCUCGUGCUUUUGAAAUUUAUAGUUUCCAUUAUGACCUGAAGCCUGCGGGCAAUGUGCGUCCCUCUAGUGAUCCGCAUGGCCACCUGACCGGCAAGAAUAUACUAAUAAUACGUGGCUCGGAGGAAGACACGUGUUCGAACUUCAACAUCAAGCUGGACCAACUGCAGCAGCUGUUGCAGACAGCUAAUGGCAUAUUACACAAGAUUAGAGAUCAGCGUCCUCGUCCACAUUUGGAUACGAAGAUCAUCUGUGGCUGGAACGGUUUGGUGCUCUCCGGCCUAGCGAAGCUGGCCAAUUGCGGCACAGCCAAGCGAGAUGCAUAUUUGGCUACAGCUAAGCAACUGUUGGAAUUCCUACGCAGUCAUCUAUACGUUGAGGAAGAGAAGCUGCUACUGCGCUCCUGCUAUGGAGCGGGCGUGGAAGAUAAUACGCUCGAGCAGAAUGCCACUCGCAUUGAGGGCUUUCUGGAUGAUUAUGCGUUUCUCAUCAAAGGCUUGCUGGACUAUUAUAAGGCCUCGUUAGACAUGGCAGCGUUGAAUUGGUCCAAGACUCUGCAGGAGACGCAGGACAAACUGUUUUGGGAUGAAAAAAAGGGCGCCUAUUUCUUUUCACAGCAAGAUGCCCCGAAUGUCAUAGUGAGACUCAAGGAAGAUCAUGACGGCGCCGAGCCAUGCGGCAACAGUGUCGCUGCACGUAAUCUCACGUUACUCUCGCAUUAUUACGAUGAUCCGACCUAUUUGGAUCGGGCUUCGAAGCUGUUAAAUUACUUUGCUGAUGUCUCGCCUUUUGGGCAUGCGUUGCCCGAGAUGCUGUCGGCGCUGCUUUUACAUGAAAACGGUCUCGAUCUGGUUGCCGUGGUAGGUCCCGAUUCCGCGGACACGCGACGCUUUGUGGAGAUUGUACGAAAGUUCUAUGUGCCGGGCAUGAUAAUCGUGCACUGUGAUCCACUGCAUCCGGAUGACGCAUGCAAUCAGCGUUUGCAGCAUAAGUUUAAGAUGGUCAAUGGCAAGACGACCGUCUACAUUUGCCAUGAUCGCGUCUGCCGCAUGCCAGUGACAGAUCCAGCCCAGCUCGAAGAGAAUCUGAUGGCCAACUUCUUCAAGGAGCGCAUCUAAACUAGGUUAACCAGCAGGCCCCACUAUUGACAUUACUCGAACUAGUUAUUAGUUAUUAAUAUGUUGUUAUUGAGGAUUAACAACAAUGUUAUAUUGUUUAGCUUCUAAAGCAUAUCUAUUAAUCGGUUCUCGGAACAUGUUGUAUUCUAGUUUGUAGCUCCACUUUUUGUGACCUCCCCACUGCGAAAACUAACUCUAAUUCAAUUUAAGUUGUAGAAUUUAAAAUAUACAAUUGGAAAUUAGAUUUGAUGCACACACUUUUACACGGUUUGUGGGUUUCCUCCAACUGUGUUGGGUUCUCUUUUAACAAACUACGUUUAGGAAAUUGUUUAGUUAUGACACCUUUUU